GAUUGGGCGCUUCCUACUGUACGCUCCUCACUCUCAGGUCGCCUCAGCCUAAUGGCGGUCAAGCCAAACAACAAGCGAAAGGCACAGCCAUCUCAGGGUGCCUCCAAAAAGCGCAAGCUCUCCAAAGACACAGAGCAGAAGAAAUCGUCUGCGAAGUCCAAGGCGAAGGGCAAGGAGAAAGCAGCCGACAGAGACAUUAUCCCAAUUCCUGUCCAUGAAAACGACGCUGAGCUCUCGGAUGAGGACCUGGAUGCAUUCGAGGAGUACGGUGCAGCGUUGGGAUUCCUGAGCAAGUUGGACGAAAAGGGUAUAGCCAGGAGCAAGAAGGAGACAGAACGCUUGCGCCGCCUGCACAAACCCGUUCGUGUUGCUCCGAAGGACGACCUGCCAUCCGUCGACUCUCACGAUGAAGACGAAGACGAAGACGACUGGAGCUCUGGUUUUGGCGACGAUGCCGAGGAGGAAUACCUCUCUGAUGCUCCGUCAGACGCCAUGAUUUCAGAGGCCGGAGAGAGCUCGCCAUCGAGCGUCAGACAACCACGCAAAAGGCCCAAAGCCGACUCGGACGAAGAGGAAAUGUUAUAUGAGAGUUUGCCGCGAAAGCGCAGGCCAUCUUGGGAGCCUGAAGAAAAGACGGAGAAAGGCGUCGAAAGGUUGCCAAUCAAGCUCUCUGACGGACGAAUACAGAAGAGUAAUGCCAAGGUUGUGCUUGACGCGGAGGAGAUCGAAGGGAGCGAAGACGAAUCCGAAGAGGAUAGACCUAUGCCCGAAUGGAGAGUCGAGGAUGUGUCUACCGGUGCUCGAUUCGGGCGCCCAGCGGUAGUCGACGUCAUUAGCAAUAAGUCUCGCAAGGCUCGUAUACAAGGUGCAAAGGAGCAAAUAGCGGGCAUAUGCCAAGAAAUUGUUGCAGACCCAGAGACCAGCAUGGGCCUUCUGAGACGGUUGCAUACGUUCUCCCUACCCCAGAUCUCAACGCCCUCUCACCCUGAUCCCGUCCCAAACGACAUGGUCAUCCGCAAGAUGACCAUGCUCUCUCAGCUGGCCGUGUUCAAGGACAUCAUACCUGGCUAUCGUGUACGUGCGCUCACCGACAAAGAGAAGGAGGAGAAGGUCAGCCAGAUGGUUCAACGGACACGAGAUUGGGAGCAAGGGCUUGUCUCAGUGUAUCAGAGUUACCUCCGCGCGAUGGAGGCUGAAAUCAAAGCGAAAAGUGAACUCGCCGAGAUCGCGCUGCAGUCCAUGUGUUCCUUGCUCGUUGAGGUCACACACUUCAACUUCCGCGUCAAUCUGAUGAAUUGCGUGGUUGCGUACUUGAGUAGGAAGUCUUGGGACAAGAUGUCAGACCUGUGUCUCAAUUCACUGAUCAAGGUGUUCCGUGCGGACAAUACCGGCGAUGCCUCGCUGGAGAUUGUGCGCUUGCUGAAUCGCAUGAUCAAGGAACGCAAGUUCAACGUUCACCCGGAUGUCCUCUCGUGUUUGUUCCACCUCCGCUUAAAGACCGAACUUGGUGUACGGGCGUCAGAGACCAAGGUUGACAGGGAACAGCUUGGGAAAGGGCCGAGGAAGGGGAAAUACAAAAAGGCAGAGCAGCCUCAUCUCAGCAAGAAGGCCAAGAAGGCAUUCAAAGAGAAGAAGGAGAUUGCAAAGGAAAUGCGUGAGGCGGAAGCGGAGGUUGACAAAGAAGAGCGCGCAGCGAAGCAAACAGAGACGCUCAAAUUGCUCUUUGUUCUCUAUUUCAGGCUCCUGAAGAAUCCCACGCCGACACCUCUGCUUCCCGCGGCGCUUCAGGGGAUUUCCAAAUUCUCGCAUUUGGUCAACAUCGAUUUCUUCCGUGACCUGUUGCAAGUCCUCAAAGGGAUCAUGUCUCGAGAUCCGGACGGGACAGACGAGGACGCGAGGCGGACGGAUCAUGAUACGUCAGACAGCAGGAGCGCGCAGUACCAAUUGCUGUGCAUCGUCACCGCAUUCGAACUGCUGUCCGGGCAAGGUGAAGCACUCGACAUUGACUUGAGCGAGUUCGUCAAUCGCCUCUAUGCCAUCCUGCCCUCGCUCGGCCUCGCACAUGACGUCGAGACUGUACCCGAGGUUGCGUUCAAGUCGGACGUGCGUGUCUCCAAGCCAUCCACGACUGCUGACAUGCUGUUCCGUGCGCUGGACUUGGUGUUCGCCCCGCGGGCAUCCUCGUCCGCAGCCCCACCCUGGCGCGCAGCCGCAUUCGCCAAGCGGCUCCUCACCGCCGCCCUCCAGUGGCCACCCGCGACGGCCGGAAGGGCGAUCGAGCUGGUCAGGGCGCUCGUCGAGAGGGAUUCGAAGCUCGAGGCACUGUUGUCCACCGAGGAUCGGGGCGGCAACGGGGUGUAUCGCCCAGAUCUCGACGAUCCGCAACUGAGCAAUCCGUUCGGGACGACGUUCUGGGAAUUGCAUGUCCUCGCUCGUAGACACUGGGACGCGCGUGUGCGCGAUCAGGCCCAGAAAGUAUUGCAUAUGACGUCCUAGGCUACUUGUACGUACAGGUACUACCUGAGUCGGGAACC